GUAAAGGUGGUGUGAUCACACAUCACCGCCACAGAAAGCUAGUCGCGCUGGAGAUGUUUAAUCGUAUCAAGAACAAAGUGCUCACGGCAGUGGCACUUGACCAACCGGCGCUACCGUCCGGUCCCGGUCAUCAGGCGUACGGUGGUGGAACCAGCUCUGGGAGUGGUCGUGGCAAUAGCCACAAGGAGUACGAUGCGGGUGGUAAACGUUUGCCGAAAAAGUUUCAGUACGCACGGCCCCCGUUUCUGCAGCUGCUGACGUACGAUGAGCUGAAGGCGAGUGCGGAUCACAAUGUGCGGCCGAUUAUAGUGCCGCGGGACAUUUCACUGCUGCCGUGGAACACGGGUUACGCGGAGUGUGUUAAUUCGGGUAAAUCGAAAUGGAACGAAGACCAGGCGGCAUUUCACCGGCAGGUUCUAUCGCACCCGUCCAAGCAGUAUCACGAUCUGCCGUACACGUACUUUGGCAUUUACGAUGGGCAUGCCGGGUACGGUGCUGCACUCGCUGCUGCGAACCAGUUUCACUACAUACUGCACGAGAAGCUGGUGGACAUAAUCGAUCUGCUGAUGCCGCGCGUCGAGAGUGAGAAUGGGUUUGCGAUGCCGCUGCACGCGACACUGCCCCAUCCGAGCCUGUUCCACAAGCAGGUGUCGAAGGAUGAGCUGAUAGUCGGUGCGUUGGAGGCGGCCUUUGCCGAUAUGGAUGCGGUACUGGCGGAAGAUCGGGACAAGUAUCGGAAUGCGGGCGGAUGUACCGCACUGGUUGCGCUGUUCAUCCUCGGCAAGCUAUUUGUGGCGAAUGCGGGCGAUUCACGGGGUGUGCUCUGUAAGCGGGUAAAACGCCGAAAGGUACCACCACAGCGGGCAGAAUGUAACGGUGGGGUAACGUGUAACGCGGCUAGCGAGCAGGAAGCAGGUGCAGGGGAGGAGGAUGAGUUCGAGGUGGUCGCUGAACCGUGCUCGUUCGAUCACACACCGGACACGGAGCGGCCCCGAUUGCUGACGGUCGGCAAACACAACCCAGCCCUGCUCGGUGGCGAGUACAUUGCGAUGGAGUACGCAAAAAAACCGACGACGAAAGAUCUGGGGGCGCGAAUUUUAUACCGACAGGGUGCAAUGAAGGGCUGGACGUACAAGACGCUUACCGCAACCGAUCUGAAGAUACCGCUGAUAACGGGCGUCGGCAAACGGAGCCGACUGCUCGGUACGAUCGGUGUAACGCGCGGCUUUGGCGAUCACGAUCUGAAGGCGCUCGGCAGUAAUUUGCCGAUCAAACCAUUCCUUAGCGCACACCCGGACGUGGUGUGUUUCGAUCUGUGCCAGGUACGACAUGAACCGGCCGACGAUAACAGUGACGGUGAGUACGGGCUGCUGGUAAUGGCAACCGACGGGCUGUGGGAUGUAAGCGAAUCACAGCAGGUAGCGAACACCGUGUUCGGUACGUUGAAACGAUUCCCGGCCGAACGGCACCGGUACACGAUGGUCGCCCAGGAGCUGGUCGCUCGAUCCCGUGGCCGUGCGAACGAAUCCGGCCAUUGGCGGUUGUCGGAUUCGCGUGCCGCCGCAACGGUGGACGAUAUCUCCGUGAUCGUAAUACCGGUGUACCAAUACUACCAAGAGUAUCGCGAAUGGACGCAAACGGUUGCGGCACGGAAUCAGAUGCGAAGCACCAAUGCGAGCGUGGUUGCGUCCGUUGCGGAGGCGGAACUUGCGGCGGAACCGCGUAACGCCACCAACGAAAUGAGCUCAUCGUCCGAAUCGGAACCGCCCGAGGAAGGGCAGGAGGCGGAAAACAAUCUCAACACGAUCAAUCUACAGCCGGCGGGUGGGAAAAACGUACCGAUGGGACUUGCCGAUGCGCUUCCCGCAAAGUAGAAAUUUGCGCUAAACAUGGCGUGAGCACGUUUAGAUAUUGAUGAUUGAUGAAAAACACAUCCAAUUGCAAUUUAUGUUUUUUUAAGUAACGUUUGUAACCGCUUUGCAGGUGUGCGUGUGUUUUUUAGGCACCCUCUUAAAACAACUUCACACUCCCUUUUGCUAGACGAGUCUCGGUGGC